AAUAGGCUAUUUUUUUAGAUAAGAUCUUGGGUUGAGAGUGCGCGUAGAUCACAUUCACACCCGGUAGGCGACUUUUGGUUGCAGGAGACAGAGAGAGGAGAGACCGAGAGGACGGGGAUGGGGAUGGGGAUGGAGGAGCGAGAGAGGGCGGCCAGGGACUGGCUGGAGGGCAUCAUCGCCAAGGGCCAAAGCCUAGACGCCGCCGGAGAGGCGGUGUGGAAGGGCGGCUUCUUCAACGCCCUCUCCCUCUCCGGCCUCCGGAUCUUCCGCGCCCAGGCCGGCCGAGCCCUUUGCUGCUUCCGCGUCCCCGCCCACCUCACCAAAUCCAUUUCCGCGCAGGACGGGGAGGGCAAUUGGCAGGCCGGGGCGAUCGGGACGAUGAUGGACGACGUGGGGGCGGCGGCCAUUAUGACCACCGAGGGCCUCAUCAAAGUCUCCGUCCAGUUCGACAUCUCCUACUUCUCCCCCGUCCGCGCCAACGAAGAGGUGGAGAUCGACGCACGGAUAGUGGAGCACAAAGGGACCAGAAGGCUGACGGCGGUGGUGGUGGAGAUACGGAAGAAGGGGAACGGACAGAUGGUGGCCGUGGGAAGGCAGUGGAUGACAUCCGGUCGCCCCUUCCGCAGUAAACUAUAACAAUCUUAUUAUCAGGAACGAAAAACUAGAGCAAGCAUGGCAAAUAUAGUUGUCAACUAUGAUCAUAGAAUCUACUUCUUUUAAUGAUACUUUUAUUCCAUAGAAACUACUCAAUGGAUUUAUAAAAAUUCAUAUUGUAUUGAGCUAUCUUAAA